CUAGACUGGACUAGCCCAUUACAGCACAAGUAAGCUCACUUUUUGAGGAUACCACUAAGCCGCAUUUGGGAAGUAUUUCAUCCGCUUUUGUGUUGUUUUUCGUCACGCUACAUUACGCUUUAAUGUUUACGUCUACUAUCUUGCCAUUCGACCUGACCCAGUUCGCAAACCCACCCGAUCAUAGCAUAUACAGAAAGAUGGCGCGGGUGAACGCUGGGCUCACUACGCUCAUAGUCACUUCAGUGGGACUGUUGCUAUUUAUGAACUCAUUUUACAGAAGUAAUGAUACAAACGUGGAUUUAAACCAACUUUCGGACUCAGUGGUGGACAAAUUGUACAACAGGCUGAAGAAUGACCCGUCCCUGCACUCACGAGACCUGAAGCAAACUGAGGCCAGGCUACCUGCACCCGAACCCAGCAGACGAGGCUUCUCAAUCACGGAGUGGUGGCAGGCUAGCGCGAUACUCAAAUGGGACUGGGAGAAACCCUACGAGUACACGUGCAAGAAUGUGUCUACAGCUGGAAACUGGUACAUGUGUCAAGACAAGCCAUUCACGAUCGCCAAACCCUGUUUGGUGUAUUCCUUUGGGAUCUACAGAAACUGGGACUUUGACAACCACAUGCGCAGCAUGGGAUGCGAGGUCCACUCCUUUGACCCCAGCAUAAAGAGCGAGGACCAUGUCAAGGAAAAUGGUGUUGUGUUUCACAAAAUCGGGCUAGCAGGUUUUGACGAUGACAAAUUUGAAGCGAGGAGGGAUUUUUAUGUGAGACAUAAGCAAUACUGGAAGAUGAGGAGACUGUCGACUAUCAAGAAGGAGUUGGGCCAUGAAGAGAGAUCACUGGACAUCUUGAAGAUGGACGUGGAAGGCCACGAGUGGUUGGUUCUGAAGGAUCUCCUUGAGACCGGCAUGUUGACCACGGUCAAGCAGUUCCUCAUCGAGUGGCAUCUCUUUACAGACUUCCCCAAAAGGGCUGACUACAUCGGCUUCCUGAAGGCCUAUGACGCCAUGAAGAAACUAGGGAUGGUUACAUUUAAACAUCAGUUUCACCAUCGUAUAUUCGACGAGUCUAAGUUGAGACUUCAAGCUGAUGCUGGGUAUGUUAAUACAUUGUUCGACCAAGGACAAUGAUAUGUUUUACUUCUAUCAUAGAAUAAUUUGAAUAUGUACAUAUUACAUUACAUCAGGCCAAGGCUUAAAAAGAAUUUCUGUCGGUAUUUGUGUUCAUGUCUGGAUGGUAAUUACGUUUUCAGAGCUAUGUAUUGUAUCAUGACAAAGUCCUACAUCCUCAUUUUCAUCUUCGCUGUGUACCCCGAUGCAAUUUUACAGCAAAAUGUCUGAUACAAGGUUCUAAAUGAUAUGCAUUUGCUGCUAUGACCUUAAACCUUACACAUGGUCGUUAUUUUAACAAGAUUUGAAUGUGAGUUGAAUAUUCUCACCUAAACAACGUAUUGUAUUAUAUAAAUGCAACAAAAAGAAUCGUUGAAAAUAUGUCACUGACGUAGAUGGAAGUAUAUCAUGGAAUGAAGGCACAGUAUCCGUCCCCAUCAAGAACGCUCCGGCUCCUGUCUCGGAGUUUGAGGUAUUUCGUUUGAAAAAUCUUAAACUAUUUCUACCCCGUCGAUUUAACACGUAUUUAUUGACCAAGAACAUGCGGUAAAUCAAAUUUACCGGCAAUAAAGGCUUUUGAAUAGCUGGUUUCUCGACGGGAAAUAGUAUCAUCGUAAACAAGCUGUUGUUGCAGUGGCCCAUCAUUUCCAAGUUAAUGCAAAUUACUGUUUUUUUGUUUAUACAUAUUUUUUAUUUCGCUCAUUAUGUCAGAUAUAAAUAUCAGUAUUGUAUCAUGUGAUAUUGAAUUCAUUGAAUUGGAUACACUGUUCUGUGGCCCUCAACAACAACAACAACAACAACAAAACAACGUUUAUUUCGCUUCUAGGUCAUAACUAUGAGAUAUUGAAGGUACCAGCGAAGAUAUAUUAUUUGCCCCUUAUAUAUGUAUGGUAAUUAAGGUGGAGAUUUAAUUCACAAAGUUAUAUUUAAUUGACAAAAAAGCAUAACUCAUGCACAGCCCCUGUCAGGUUUUUUUGGUGGUCAUCGAUCACUGGAUGCCAAUACUGUUUGUCACCUUCACAAUUACAUUUACGUAAUAUUUAGUAAUUUAUAUUUAAUUUACCAAAUAAAAAAAUAGUUUUAUAAACAAAUGAAAAAAUGAGUUUAUUCAUAUGUUAAAUAUACACUUCCUACAGGCCGUUCAGAGGCACGUUUAUAUUGUAUAGUUUUUUCUCAAAGUAUUUACUUCGUGUACAUGUCUUCGUAUUGAUAUUUUUGUGCAAUAAAUGGUUGGUUUCUUACAA